CGGGCGGCCAAAUGGAGGAAUCUCCCCUCGGGAGGCCGGUGACUGUUGCCGUCCAUGUCUUUUCUUUGUUACGUCAUCGCCCUUUGUAUAGUGCCGAUAUCGGUGUCAUGUUCAAGAUUCGGCAGAUUGCUGCGCCGGGAUGCACACAGAAGCCGCUGUCCGCGGUGCUCUGAGGUGGAGUGUUGGUUCGGUCUCAAGAGUAGGCACAAGACUGAUGGUUGUGUUCCUGGAAACUGCAGUGGCAUUCACAUCCUUGGAUAACCAUUUGCGUCAUUCUGUAACACUCGCCCUAGUUGGGUACUUUAUGCUUGAUUCGAUUAUUUUUUUUCGGGAAAUACCAUAUCUCGCCAAAUUCCCGACCCGCCGUCAGCCGUACCGCCUCCAUCCAUUUCACCAUGCUUCCCCAUCCUUCCCCAUGAGUAAUGCAAAGCGAACAACAAGAAAAGAUAGAAUAUAG